AUGGCCGUGUCAUUUGAACAAGUGGGCUACUUCCCUUUUCUCUUACUUUUCCACCAUGAAACUUUCUCAACUGAAGCUCAAUCAUUUUCGAUUCAACCUGGCAGUCAAGUCUUUACGGCCGAUCAGCCGGGCCCAAGCUCGAAUUUAAAAGAGGACCCAUUUGUAAAUUACGUUGUUCUCCCCAUCAAGCGGAGGGUCAGCUAUCCCUUCACCUACAGGGCCAAGGUUCACAGACUCCAAGAUUUGGCCGCUAAGUUGAGGGACAAAAGACGCAGGCUAGAGGACUCCGUUAGUGAUGUUGAAAGAAAUGGGGAAGAUGUCUAUGAGGAUGUUCGAAACUGGCUGUCUCAUUCAGAAACAGCCAUUCAAGAGGCUGAGGUGCUUGUCAAUGCCCAAGACGAAGCAGCCAAGAAGAGGUGUUUUGUGGGACUCUGUCCCGAUUUGAACGCCCGCUACAAGCUCAGCAAGAAAGCAGAGGAGAAAGCUUCUGCAGUUGAGCAGCUGGAACAGCAGGAAGCGGAUCUCCGUCUCCGUCCAAUUUCCUGCCGUCCCCGUCCUCAGCAGCAUGUUGAUCCGUCUGUUGUCCAUUCCGAACAACUUGAAUCGAGGUUGUCCGUUCGGAAGCAAGUUAUGGAGGCUCUUAAGGAUCCUAAUCUCAACAGGGUCGGAGUAUGGGGUAUGGGCGGUGUGGGAAAAUCCACACUAGCAAAGCAGCUCCAUGGCCUCGCUUUAGAAGAGAAGCUGUUCGACGAUGUCGUUUUUGUUGCUGUAUCGGAAAAACCCGAGCUCGGAGAAAUUCAAAAGAAAAUUGCUAGUGUCCUGGAUGUGAAAUUCGAUGUUGAGGAUAGUCUUGUCCAAGCAAGACAACUCUUUAAGAGGAUUAAAGGGAAGAAAAUUCUUAUAAUUCUUGAUGAUAUCUGGAAGGAAAUUGAUUUGCUUGAGAUUGGAAUACCGACUGGAGCUGAUGGCAAAGAUUGCAAAAUACUGCUGACUUCAAGGGAUAAACGUGUAUUACGCGAUAUGGAUGCGCAGAAAGAAUUCAUGCUUCAAGUUCUAACUCAGGAAGAGGCUUGCAGUAUGUUUGCAAGGACUGUCCCUCAUGCGAAAGAUCCAGACUUUGAUGCCAUUGCCAUUGAAGUCGUCCAAAAAUGUGCAGGACUGCCACUGCUCAUUAAACUUGUUGCGGGGGACUUGCGGGAUUGUAAGAAGUUGGGUAUGUGGAAGGAGAAAUUGAAGCAACUGUCCAACUUUAAGGAUGAAGAAAUAGACUCCAAAGUGCACGAAUCUUUAAAGUCAAGCUACAACAAACUGAUUGGUGAUGAAAUCAAAUCUUUUUUCUUGCUUUGUGCUCUGGGUGGACAAUCUAACAUUCAUAUUGAGUUCUUAUUGAGGUAUUGUAUUGGUCUGGAUUUGUUUAAUGGGAGGCCUACUGUCGUUGAUGCAAGAAACAGAGCAAAUGAUUUGAUCAAUAAACUUCAAGAUCGCUGCUUGUUAUUAGAAGGUGACAUGGAAGGAUAUGUCAAAAUGCACGACAUCAUUCUAGAUGCUGCUUUGUCUAUCGCAUGCACAGAGAAACAUGCAUAUAUAUGUCGAAGCAAUUUGACGGAAUUGCCAAACAAGGAUUGCACUAAAAUUUCUUUGCCGUUUUGUGAUUUUCAGAAUUUUACCGGAUCUCAUUCAGAAACUUUCAAAUUUGAAUGUCAAAAUGCAGAGCUGUUGCUGCUCCUUACUGAAGAUAUUUCUUUAGAAGUCUCUGAUUCAUUUUUUGAGGGAGUGAAGAAGCUUAAAGUUUUGGAUUUUACAGGAAUGAGGAUGGGGUGCCUUCCUUCAUCCAUCAAGUCCCUAGCAGACCUGCAAACCUUGUGUUUAGAUAGUUGUCAUUUGGAUGAGUUAUCUGUCAUCGGAGAGCUUAAGCAAUUGAAGGUCCUGAGUUUUGUUGAUGCCUAUAUGGUUGAGCUUCCUAAAGAAAUAGAGCAAUUGACUCGGCUCAAGAUUCUAGAUUUGAGCAAUUGCUCCAAAUUGAAAGUUAUUCCUGCUAAUGUCUUCUCAAAGUUGACUAUGUUAGAAGAGUUGUAUAUGAGAAACUUUAUACACUGGGAGGCUGACGGUAAUGCAAGCCUUGAAGAGUUGGAGCAUUUAUCUCACUUAACAACUCUGGAAAUGCAAGUUUUAGAUCUCGAGAUGAUACCAAAGUAUUUCUUCUUCAAUUUCAAAGGAUUGCAGAAUUACAGAAUAGUUAUAGGAGAUGUCUGGGGCUCGGGAGUGAAUAGUGAUUGCUCAAGAAUAUUCAAGCUCAAGUUUAGGACAAGCAUUUAUUCAAAGCAAGGGGUACUAAAGUUAUUGAAGGAAAGUGAUGAUCUAUACUUAGAUGAAGUCUGGGGAAUUGAGAGUGUGCUGUAUGAUCUUGAUGGGGAUGGCUUUUGUCAAUUGAAACAUCUUCAUGUCCAGAAUGAUCCUACGAUUCAGCAUAUUGUCAAUUCAACAAAGUCGUCUUCAUGUCCGGCAUUUCCCAUUCUACAGUCGUUGUUUCUGAAAAACCUAUCGAGCUUGGAGACCCUUUGUAAUGGCCGGCUAACAGCAAUGUCUUUCAGCAAACUGAAAGAUUUGAAAAUCAAAAAUUGUGAGAGAUUAACGACUCUGUUUUUGUUGUGCUGCAAUAAUGAAGAAGAAAGUGUUAAUGUUGAGUUGACUCAGUUAUACUCUUUGAAACUGAACAAUCUACCCAUGCUCAGAAGCUUAUGCAACAAAACGAAGGUGCCACUAGAAUCUUUGACAGUUGAUGAUCCAGCACUUCAGGAAGGUGUGUCAUCAGAGGGUGAGCCACUAUCACUUUUCAGCGGACUGGUUUCUCUUCCUAACUUGGAGAAUCUUACAAUAAAAUCAGUUUGUUGUAAAAAGAUAUGGCAAGACCACCUCUCCAUAACAUCUUUAAAUUUAACAAGCUUGGCUGUUGAGAGCUGCCAUAAUUUGCGAAAUUUAUUUACAUCCUCAAUGGUUAAAAGUCUUUCACAGCUCAAACAUAUUCAGAUACGAGAUUGUGAUUUCAUUGAAGAGAUAGUUGUCACAGGGGACUCUGUAGAUGAAACAGAGAAGACGGCAAGAAUAUGUUUCCCUAAACUGGAAAGGUUGACGCUUGCACGUCUUCCAAAGUUAAGUAGAUUCUGCACUGGGCAUCCAAUUGAAUUUCAGUCUCUUGAGGAAUUGGUUAUUAAUAAAUGCUCUGGUUUGAAUACCUUUGUUGCCGGUACCCAACAAGUUAACUUAAAGGCGAACAACAACUCUGAAACGCAAUUUCUCUUUAAUGGAAUGGUUGGAUUUCCUAAGUUAGAGACAUUGGGGCUUGUCGACAUAAAGAACUUGGAAAACAUAUGGCAUACUGAGCUCAUGCCUAAUUCUUUCUCCAAACUAAAAGUCUUGGUUAUUCAUGAUUGUCAUAAGCUAUUAACGGUUUUUCCACCUCAUGACUUGUCUAGAUUCCAUACACUAGAGAGGUUGAGAAUUCAUUAUUGUGAUUCAUUGCAAGAAAUAUUUCAAUUCAUAGAAUCAAACGCUGAAGAAGACACGGAUGUUGUUGUAGAAUUUAAGCUUAGGGAAUUGCAAAUCUCCUUCCUUAAAAAAUUAAAGACGAUAUGGAGUAAUAAUCCACCAACAAGUUUUACUUUCCAAGAACUACAGUCGGUGGAAGUUGAAUCUUGUUGGGAUAUGAAAAGUAUAUUUCCAACGUCCAUAGCUACAGGCCUUUCUCAGCUUCAAAAUUUAACAAUAGAAAGGUGUGGUAAAGUAGAGGGAAUUGUAGCGAAAAGUGAAAGCGCAGGAUCAGACCCUAAUUUUAAGUUUCCUCAACUCACUUCUCUUGUACUUGACCGGCUAUUGAAUUUAAAGGGUUUCUAUCCGGAGAGGCAUAGAGCGGUGGAGUGGCCAAAGUUGAAAUGUUUGAAGUUGAUUCAAUGUAAUAGUGCAAUGAUGUUUGGUUCAGAAGAAGAAGCAUAUGGUGAUGGAGGAGGUGACAACAAAGAAUAUGUCUCAUUCCAACCCUUUUUUAUGUUUGAAAAGCUUAAUCGCAACUUGGAGCAAUUGACACUGCACCACAGUGAUUUGCUUAGAAUACAGAUUGGUCAAUCUCUUGCCAAUUGCUUCUCAAAACUAAAAGUACUUACAUUGAAAGACUUAAUGCCUGAAUCGGUCACUGUUCUGUUUGGUUUCCUCAAAACACUAUACAAUCUGGAGGAACUUGUUGUUGACCAUAGUUCUUUAGAAGAGCUAUUCUCAGAUGAGGAUGCAGUUUAUGUGCCGCUGAAACGUAUGACAAUAUCUGAUGCUUCUGAUUUAAAGCAAAUAUGGAAGCAAGACGCCGUAUUGAAACCAGUUACUCAAUAUCUUGAGAGUCUGACAAUCGAUAGCUGUUAUAGUUUAAGCAAAAUAGUGCAAUCAACAUCAUCCUUCCGAAAUUUAGGGGCUCUAGAAGUGAAUCACUGUAAUAACUUGAAAAGUUUGUUUACAGUUUCGACUGCAAAAACUAUGGUAAACCUCACCCAAAUGAGCUUAUGGGAGUGCAGUAUGAUGACUGAAGUGGUGGAAAACGAUGGAGAUGAGACAGAGGAUGAGGUGGUUUUUAACAAAUUGCAAACAUUGCAACUUCAGAUAUUACAGUGUCUCACCAGCUUUACCCGGGGGAAUCAUGCCUUUAGUUUCCCAUUAUUAGAAGAAGUAUUAGUUGUUGAAUGCCCUCAGAUGGAGAUUUUUUCUACCGGAGUCUUGAGCACACCAAAGCUACAGUCGGUGGUCGGAAAGUUUAAAGAUUCACCAGAUGAUCAAUUUUGGGAGGGAACCCUUAACGCCACCAUCUCAUAUCUGUUUGUGGAGCGUCUCCUACCACUAGGGGAUGAAAGUCGUGUCAAGGUGUCCAAGUUUCCUGCUCUAAAAGAGCACUGGCAUGACCGGAACCUGGGGCGGCGCUUCCUUAGUGUGGAAACUCUGAUAGUGGACAGGUGCGCAUCAUUCCCAAAAGCUCUAUCAGCCAAUCUAUUGCACUCAUUGAACAAGCUAACAAGCUUGGAAGUAAGAGACUGUGGAUCAAUGGAAGAAGUAUUCGACUUGGAAGGAAUGUCUGCAGAUGAAGGUCGUGUUGGGUUGCUGCCUCGAUUAUAUGAGAUUCACUUAAUUGACCUACCUAUGUUGAGAAGUUUAUGGAACAAAAAUCCUACAAAUUUUUUGGACUUGAGAAACCUUACAGUGCUCAAAGUGGAAAACUGUAACAGCUUGAAGUAUGCAUUUACUCAGAGUGAGUCCUUGUUUCUAGUGCAACUUCAAGCGGUACAUUUGAAAAAUUGUCACAUGAUAGAAGGAGUAUUGUCUGAGAUCAUAUGUCCUUCAUUGAAGAAGAUCAGCGUACAUGACUGUCCAAAUCUGAAGAUAAGGCUGGAAAAUGAACAGCUUGAUAUCGACAAUAACGCCCAUGUUGACUGCCUUAAGGUUGCAUUCCCAAACUUAGUUGCACUGGGAGUAGAAUGGAACAUAGUGAAAGAGAUAUGGUCCGGAAGAUCUGGAAUCCCAUUUUUGGGCAGACUAAAAGGCAUUGGGCUUACCAAUUUUCCUGGUGAACAAGCAGUUUUGCCAUCAAAUUUCCUUCAAACUCUCCGAGUUCUGGAGCAGCUUGUUCUUAGUGAUGCUUCUUUUGAAGAAAUAACCAUUGAUGAAGUGGAUGUUGGCGACCAAUUUCUUGCACAUUUAAGAGCGGUAAAACUGUGUAAGCUGCCAAAUCUUAAGCACCUAAUAAAGCAAAACUCGCGAAUAGCCCUGGUUAUUGAACAAUUGGAAAUACUUAAAGUCGUGGAAUGUGGCAGAUUGAAAGUUUUAGUUUCACCCUUAGUAUCUUUCCAAUAUCUAACAGUUCUACAAGUAUCAAAAUGUCACGGUCUAAUAAAUCUGAUGACUCCGGCAACUGCAAGAAGUCUUGUGCAACUCGAAAGAAUGGUUAUAAAUAAAUGUGAAAUGAUAAAAGAAAUAAUUUCCAGUGAAGCGGAUGAAGUUGAAGAUGAGAUCCAUUUGAGUCGGUUAGAAUAUUUUGAACUUAGUGGUUUGCCACGGCUCACAAGCUUCUGCUCAGGUAGAUUUACCUUCAAUUUCCCAUCUUUAGUAGAAGUAAUCAUCAGAGAAUGUCCCAAAAUGGAGACUUUUGCUCAAGGAGACGUAACUACAUCAAAAUUAUGGAGGGUUCAAACAGGAAAGCACAAAUAUGAAUGGGAAUGGGAGAGCAAUUUGAAUGACACCAUUGAAACAAUGUCUAUGCAAAUGAGUGCUGGGACAACUAGCUAGAUGCCAUGUUUCAUAUGCAAGACUCCAAUCUGGCUGGUGUAAGAUGAAAUUUGUGACACAAGAUUUGCAGGCUGCAAAGUAUUUACUAUAUAGUGAAAGUUUUUUUUUUUUUUUUUCCCAUCUCUUCUUAUUCAAUUGUAAGAUAAGCUAUGAUUCAAAUAUGCUUGAGUUUUGGCAAGCGACCUGACUACUAUGUUGUUGAAAAAAAUUAUUUCACCUGUGUUUUCCCAUAAUCAGUGUUUAAGUUCUGAUGUAGUGGUUUUUAAAUUUAUUCAUGAAUUUCUAUUA